AAUGACAACAAAGCUUACACUUCGCAGGUGUUCGCGUGACUGUGCAAGUAUUCAUGUCGUCAACUCCACACUUAUUUUCUAUUUUCUUUAACGAGCUGUUCAUCACCUCUCAGCCAUGAGACGAAAGAUGAGUAGGUUUCUGCUGCUAAAGAGGUCACGUGAUGAAGAGGUGUGAUAGUGGGGCUUGGAUUCCGAUAUCGUAAGGUAGAUUUUGUUUGUUUGUUGAAGGACGUCGAGUGAACAAGCUUGUUUUGCCUUCUCUUCCUCUCGUGUUCCGGACAUUCACACCACUCCUAGCCAUUGCUGUGCGGGACGAUUGUUCUCCCCGCAAAUCCUGACUCGCGGCCGCUCGCGAUGGCCGGCUCCGUGCGCGUGUCGCCACCGUCAUCACCACCAGCUUCCGCUGACGAUGUAGUGAUGCUGCUCGCUCCCUGCGGCGGGUCAAGGGCAGGAGAUGCAGAGAGAAGGCGACUGGCGCGAGGUGCAGUAGGUAUGUGCGACGUGUGACCGACAGAAGGUCGGGAGGGGCUGGCUGCUGGUGUUCGGACGCCAAGUCAUCGGCCAGCUCUCGCUCUCCUUUCGCCUCGGGUCGCCAUGGGUUUACUUAUGGGUUUUUCCUUGUUACACUUUUGUGAUCACUCAACACUGUGUGUGAAAGGACGCACGUAGCUACUGGGGACAGUUUCACUAUCCUUUACCUGCAACUUGAUGUUGGUGUUCUCUACUGGAGGUGUGGGUGUAAACAUCUGAGGCCUGAGGUUGUUUCAGGACCAGGAGGUGGUGAUGGCGGUGGAGAUUUGAGAAACACUGAAACAGAGGCGGCUCAAGAGGGUGCUUGCACACUGACCAGGCCACCCUGAAUGGAGUGACUGGUCAAGGGUGAAGCAGCGGGCGGCUGCUGGUCACUGUGUUUGGUAGUUUGCUGCGGAGAUUGAGACUUGACCCCUCCUCCCCUAGAAGGUACGCUCUCGUGCUUUUGGCGAGCGUGGGUGCGAGUAUAACGACAAUCGGGGAAAAUCUCUCUUCCUUUCCAUCCCCCACCCACAACCCAAGUCUCGCAGUCACCGGUGGUGGCCACCCGACCGUUACAACGCAGCCAGUCGUUGUGGGAGGGACGCGCGGCUGUUGUUAUGUGUACUCGUGCGUUCCCACCGAUUAUUCCCACCCACCCCACCCCACCUCCCUAAUCUGUGCCUCCAGCCAGCGCUAACGGCAGAUGGAGUGUCGAAUGGAACAAGCUCGUGUUAGGAGGAAGACUGGAAAAGGGAAGAAGAGAACCCGGGGGGUCAGACCCAGACAAAGCCUUCUCAGCUGAGCGGCGCAAGUUCUACUCGGCCCAUUUUGUGCCCGUCGUCAGCAGUCACGAUGUGAGUAAGUUGAUACUCGGGAAAGCACAAGAUCCACCCUCUCCCCACCACCACCACCCACAGCAACUUUCACCUGGAUUUGGAUGUAUUUAGCAGAGAAAUUGCUGUUUCCCACGUGCCGUCGCGGAGAGGGAGGACAAGCAACUUUGCCCCGUUCGUUGGCCUCGCGACUUUAUAAACGGCGGGCAAAGGUGAAAGUGUGUUUUUUCUUUACAAAUAGAAGCCGGCCUGUUGACACUGGAUUUGGUGGUAAAAGAUCAAGCAGCAGCGGGCUGUGUUGACUGUGGUGCACGCUCAGCGCCGCUGGGCUCCAGGUGGCCGGGGACAAUGAGCAGAAGAAUGGAGACAGCCUUCGGUGCUGCAGCAGAUUUCCUCCAUCGACGGAAUGAAGAAACAAGAGAAAGGGGAAAUGGACAAGGGUGGGGGCGCCACUGUUCCACCUGCCCAUAAAGCUAAUAAAUUAUCAUCAGCAUCAUCGUCGUCAAGUUCUUCUGCAACAACUACACCCUCGACUCCAACAGCAUCAAAGCCUGUGCCAUCUAUCAUGGGGAUGAAACAGUCUAAGUCUGAUCACUCUGGACUUUCAGGCAAGGGAAGCAAAUCUGGACAUGUGACUGCAAACAAAAAGUAUAUGAGUAAAAGCCAUGAAAGUCUUUCAUCGGGAUCCAAGAAAAAGCUCACCGUUGUGAAAGAGGAUGAGACUGUAACAACUGCAGGAACAAUGGACAAAAAUAUAUCUAUCAACAGAUCAAUGUCAUCAGAGAGAGAACCCUCUAGUGGAGAUACUAUUAGUGUGUCCGAGUCUGUCAGGUCUGCCCCUGUGUGUGUGCCAGAAAAGAACAAAGAAAACCAGGUGCUAAAAGAAAAGGAGAAGAAUGCAGGGUUUGCAAAGCUGAAACCUGUGAAGCCUAACUCCUUGACAACUAUACGCAAGGCCUCUAGUACACAGUCCAUUGACUGUGGCAGCAACACUUCUGGUAGUGUCAAGUCUAUACACUCCAACAGAUCAUCGGCAUCUCAGAACUCCAUGAAGAGGGCUCAGAGCAGCCAGAAUGUCAGCAAAGACAAACUGUUACGGAAGCGAACGUCAGCACCUGCAGAUGUAAUGGCUUACAAUGCAGAGCUGUUGGCCAACUUUGAGAAGGAGAAAAAGACCUUGGAAGCACGUAUCUCAGAACUGACCAAGAUCACCGAAGGCAGAAAGGCAGAGAUAGAGAAAUACAAGUAUGAGAUCAAACGACUCAAAGACGUUGCAUCUGUUAACAACGGGUCAGUCAUCCUGGAGGAACUGGAGCAGCUGAAGCACCAGAACAAACACCUGACUGAUCGGCUCAAGGAGCUGGGCUUUCCUGUCGAGCAAGUGACUGACACAGAAAAGCUGAUCAUGAAGAUCGGCUCUGGGUCUGUGAAGUCAGUUGGCAGGAGCGGAGAUAGUGUGGGAGCCUCAGACUGUUUGAUACACGCUAGUAUCAGUUGUGAUAGUCUGUCGACUGAAGGGGCAAAAGCUCUUCCAUUGGCAGCAGUGGAUAACCGUGUGAACAUAGCCAAACAUGGAUCUUUGCAACGCUCAGCUUCCUUGACGAACUCUGAACCAGGGGUAUCUCUAGCUGACCUCUGUGGCACUCCUGAACAUCCUUCCGUCCUUUCGAUGGAUCCAACUAACUGGGACAAACAGAGCAACAAGAGCUGCAACAGCGAUGUCCUGAGUGAGAUUUCAGUGGCUUGUCUGACGGAGCGCAUCCUGCAAAUGGAAGAGACCAACUAUAGUACAACUGAAGAACUUCAGGCAACUCUUCAAGAGUUGGGAGAUCUCCAGGAUGCUGUGAAUGAGCUGACUGAGGAGAAUGGGCGGCUUUCAGAUGAGAAGACUGUUCUACUAGAGUCCCUGUGCACCCAGACAGAAAAACUCGAGAAUGCACGCAGACAGGUGGAACAGCUGAAGAGUCUUCUCAUUUCCGGAAACCUUCCAGACAAGUCUGAACGUGAAUCCCACUUGCUACAGCUGUUGAAAAGUGCACAAGAAGAGCGUGAAGAGCUGCUGCGUAAGCAGACAGAAUGGUCCAAUGCACUGCAUUCACUGGAGACUGAGUGCAAAGAGUACCAAGAGAUGUUGGAGUCUGCGAGAGAUAAGUUACAGCUGGCGGAAGACCGAGCGAAUUCCAUCAAGUUGGAGAGGGAUGCUAACGAGAGGCUGGUCACCGAACUUCGGGAAACUGUUUCAUCUGAUCAAAUAGAAAUGGCGUGUCUGAAGACACUUUUGGAGAGUGAGCGCUGCAAGAUGUCUGAACUAGAGAAAUGCCGACAAGCACAAGACCAAUCAGAGUUUGAAGCACUGCUUGAUCAAACCCGCCAAGAGAAGGCCCGUGGUGAGCAGCGGCUGGCCAACAUGCAGGAGUCACUAGCCCUGUCCCAGUGUGAGCUGACGCGUGUGAAAGAUGUGCUGGCUACUAGGGAAGAAGAACUUAAGGUCACAAGAAACAAUGCCAAGACAGAGGUGACAUCCCUCCAGUUGCAGCUGGACAAGAGUGAAAAGGAAAGACUGGAGAACCUUCAGCAGCUGGACACACUCCAUGAGCACAUAGACCAGCUUCAGCAAGACUGUGACAAUUACCUUGAUGAGAAGAAAACAUUUACCACACAGCUUCAGGAACUGAAUGCAGAGCUGCACGCGUUACGUGUGCAAAAGUCCAAGCUGGAAAAUGAGUUGUCAGAUGUGUUAUCUCGACAUGCUUCCGAGUUUGAAGAAUGGCAGCAGUUCCAAAAGGAUCUACAAGUAGCUGUUGUCAUCGCAAACAAUUUCAGAGCUGAAACCCAAGAAAGCAUGGAGAAGAUCUCAGAAGACAAUAUGAAGCUGAAAGAACAGUGCUUGAACCAGCAACUGGAGCUAGACAGACUUCACAUGGAGCUGCAAAGCCUGCGAGCAUCCCGCUCAUACGAAGACGCCCGCAGCCCUGCACGUUCCUCGGUCAUCCUCAGUAACAACGAGCUUAGAGGCAAGGUAGCAGGAUGCAUGCCAGACAGGGAGUUGGCAGCUCUUCGAGAUGGUCGUCGCCAGGAUCAACGCAGUCAGUCUCUGUCUGUCAAGGCCCUCAUAAAGUCCAUAGAGGAGCAGCGCAAGAGCGGCUGUUCUUCUAUGCACUCUAGUCACACUGGCUCACGCCGUAACUCCACAGAUACAGAAACUUCUUUUAUUGCAUAUCAGGAUCUUCUCAAGUCACCCACUUCCCCUUCUGCCCCAUCAAGUCCAGCUUCACCAACUAAAGACUUUCGAACUGUGGGAUCUUUUACCAAGAGCCCAGCAGAGAAGGCGUCUUUGCAGCCUCGCAGUUCAGGAACUUGCCUGGCACCUGUGGCUGAAACUCCUCCACCAAAGGUUGCUUGGCAAGACGUAGAGGCUGCAGCCCCAAAAGUUACUUCACAGCUUUCGUCUAUUUUGAAGGAUCGUAAUAGUUCUCGCAGAAACAGCAAUAUUAAUGAAGUGGACAAGAAGGACAGCUCUGGCAAAGAUCCACUUUCCAGUCUGGCCAAACAGAUGGGAGGAUCAAAGCGCAAUGCUCUGCUUAAGUGGUGCCAGCAGAAGACAUUAGCAUACAGUGGAGUGGACAUCACAAACUUCAGCAGCAGUUGGAAUGACGGGCUGGCCUUUUGUGCUCUUCUGCACAGUUAUCUCCCUGACAAAGUUCUGUACUCUACAUUGAACUCUGAUGACAAGCGAAAGAAUUUCACUUUAGCAUUCUCAGCCGCAGAAAGUGUAGGCAUUCCAACCAGUCUGAGCCUGAAUGAAAUGGUUGCCAUGGAGAGACCCGACUGGCAGGCUGUCAUGGCAUAUGUUACAAACAUUUACAAACACUUCGAAGUGGACAGCAAGCAGGCACAAGGCUCCUCUCCUUCUCCCUCUGCGUUAUAGCAUCACUUACACUUUGGUGCAGUGAUUGUCAGAAAAGAAGUGCUGCAAGCUUUCCACCUCGUGGCUUGUUCCAUACAGUGUGUGCAUUUUUUUCUGCAGCAGCCAAGGUCUCCCUCCUGUCACAAAGUCUAGCGAUUGCAAAAUCAGAUGGCAAGUCUAUCCUAGCACUAAAGUCUGCAGAUUGCUCCUGCUAAUGCUUUGGUACAAGCAUACCUGUGCUUUUUUGGGGGGUUCUAUGUACAGGGUGUACUUUACUGAGUCGGUCAGCUACUGAUGCAUCAUUGGGAUGGAAUUCACAAGCACAGCUUCAUCUCAGGCUAGGAGGGAGUGUUCCUACUGACUGUUCAUAGCCUGACGAGGUACUAUAGGAAUGUGACUGAAUUUUAGACAGAGAGAUGCUGAGUUUGGUAUAAAUGCAUUUGUGUUUGAAUGCUUGCAUUUCGUUGCAUACAGUUUGUCAGAAAAUCACACGAAGAAAUAUUGGCUGAAGUUAAUGGAAUGACAGCUCAUCUGCAGCAUAGUGUAACUGUGCUUGUCUGGAUAAAGCUGUUAUUGAUCUCAGUGUUGAAACAAUGUAUUUUGGGAUGACUGUAUUUUUAUUUCCAUUGUGCCCACAGCAUUACUUAUUACUAAUGUGAACGAAGGAAGCUGUUUGGCCAACAGUUUACAGUGUUCAGGAAGAUCUUCAUGUAGACGUCUAAAUGGUGGCCACUGCUUUUUGUUUGCCAAUCAAUGUGUAUGGUGGACCACUCCUUGAAAUUAACCGUUUUUGAAUAUCCCUUUAUCACUUUCCAUCACAGUAAAAGAAGUGAGUGUUGCAAGUUCUGUCAUAUUGUUUGUUGCAGUGUUUUUCAUUUUUAGAUUUCCUACUGUUGUAAAUUCCAUAAAUACCGUUGGCAAAGAAUUUAAAAAAUUUUCCAGUGUGAUUAUUGCCUCCAGUAAAUUAUUCUGUUCAUCAAAUUUUUCUUGAAUUGGCUUGAAGGAGGUAUUCUAAUCAGGAAAUGAAGAUUUGUUAGCUCAUUGUCGUCAGAUGGUUAGUAAUUUUACACUUCCACAGAGAUACGUUACAUGAUGCAUGAAUCGACACAGAAGCUGUCAUACCAGUUAGAAAACAUACAUCAAGGUUGCUUUGUCAAACUAGUACAGGGCUAGCACAAACUAUCAUACAAUAGGUAGUCUCAGCAGAAAUAAAAUGGGAUGUAACAGAAGCAUUAGUGAAAAUUUUGUGCUGCAAAAUGCCAGUUAUUUGUUGUUAGUGUAACGCAGAAUUGUGCAUGGAGCACUGAAGUAAAACAUGAGACAUGAUUUUUGACUCCGCAUGAAGUUGUCAUGCAGCAUGUGUCCAGAGGUUUGUGAUGUCCAGCUUGCAGACUGGAGGACAUCUUCAUGAAACCAGUAUGGACCCUCUGUGUCAGCUACCUUGAUGAUCCUAGAUACCAUACCAGCCAGCUCUGGAACACAGUGCUUUUUCUGGUAUUGCAUGACAAGUUUUAAAAAAAAUCAAGUUGUGUCUGUGUGGUGGUGGUGUGAAGAAUUUUCAGCUUAAAAAUUACUAGUGAAAGUAGACUUCACAUAGCUCCAGGAACAGAUGUGGCCAGGGGUUUUGUGUGGUUCACCUGCACUUCGUACUACUUGCUAGAAAUAUAUGAUGCAUUGGAAAAAAACAAAACCAAACUGUUAAAGCAGUCUGAGGUUCUCCUGAAGUGAGUGAUGUUUUUUGACAAAGCUGAACACAAGGGAAGUAGUACAUUAAGUUGUGAUGGUGAAAUAUAUGGAAACAUAGUUAAGAUGGUUGAGUGUAUAAAAGCUAAAUGUCAGUCUCUUUGUGCUCAUGGUCCUGUUGUUUCAGGUGUUCAUUGUUUUUAAAUCAUUGGAUUGAUACAUGUUACUGCAAAACAGCAGGCCUCUCAAACAUUAUCAGUUGAAGGCUGCAAGCAUUUACUAUGUAAUGUCCUUUUUUGACAGAAGAGAAUAGUAGACAAAGACAUUGGCAGUAGAUAGCCAAGUGGCUAUCAUUUCAUUACCCUUGUGGUAGCAUACCUUCCUCUAGCUGAGCCAGUAGUGGCUGACACACUGGUUGGUUUCAUAACCCUGUGGUAGCAUUCCUUCCUAAAGUUGAGCCAGCCAUGGAAAUGGUGCCCUGGCCCUUACAGAAGGUAGGAGUAGGGAAGAGAUGGGCACCACUCUUACCAAAAGCUGGGCAUGAGAAACUGGUGUUUAAAAACUCUCUCUCCAAUACAAAGCGUUAGCAGACUACUGUUUUUUUAAAGACAAAAAUAAUGUUAUUACAGUGCUGUCUAUAACAUCUGUGCACAGUGUAGCAUAUCACAUUGCUAGUCAUUGCCAGUUGGUUGCAGCACGUUGCCCAGUAUGAAAUGCAUUUCCACAUUGUUUUGUCCCAGAUUUUAAAUCUUCAUUUUUGCUAAAAUAUAUUGCAGCCAUAUGUGGUGCUAAUUGGUUUGUUCUUAACUGAGAUAAGUAUGAAUUUGUUAAGAUUCACUGGCAAAACUGUAUUGAACACUUGAUCACCAGUUCACCUCAAGUGUUUUCGUUCAUUGUUUUUUUUUUUUUUCUUUCUCAGAGUAUUGUAACUGUAUUUUUAUUUUCUUAUUAGAAAUUCUGUACAUAAUAAAGCUGCAAUUGCCAGCUGUGAAAAUAAUUUUGAUCUUGAUGAAAUUAGAAAUUAGCAUAGCUAUCCUACCAUACAUCUUGCCUAAAACAAAUUUGUAACAAAGCAGAGCAGAGAUCUUGUAGAGAGUGACAAGUGUAGACUGUAAAUAGGUUGGCCUGACAGAUUACAGCACCUAGUGCUGCAGAAGGCAUAGUGCUGGCAAAUGCAUCAGUCUCGAUGGCAAGCCAAGGGCUACAGUGCAAACUGUGAUUCUGUAACAAGUUGGAUUUGUUAGUAUUGUAAGAUACUGUCAUUUCAAAAAUGUUACAGCACUGUGACCGUCUGGCAUUAUUUAAAAAAUAUAUACAUAUAGCUGGUCCACAUGCUACCCUGAACGCUUGCCUACCCAGCAAGCAACAACCUCCAGCAUAUUGACUGCUGCUUUUAGUUAGCUGUCCAUUUUUGCAUUGCAUUACAGUGGGCACAAGAUUCAGCUGUCUGUGCAUUUUAAGAAAGCCUGUGUGCAGGUGAGUGUAAUAGUUUUGGUGCAAUACUUUGUGAAUGUAUCUGCUGCGCUGCAAGGUUAAUCUUGUAUUCAUUCCUGCUCAAAAAUGUCUAUUAACAGGAUGGAAAUAAAGCUUAAAGUUUA